GCUAUGUUCCGAUAUUCAUUGCCAGUAGUGAAAAUCUAUAAUAUAUGUGACAUGAACUAUAUGUUUUUAGUGCUGGCAAUGAAUUUCGGAACGCUAGCCUAAAGAAUCUUUCACAGUUGCAGGUUACUUUCUCUGAUGAACACAGCUAUCGAGAGUGCAGUAGCGAUCGAGUAAGAUGGAGGGGCGUAUGAUUGUUUUGUGUUGUUUGUCUGCGGCGUGGGUUAUUUCUUUUUACGUGUAUAUCUUCGUAAUAUACAAUAUUUAUAUGCGACAAAUUCAUCGAACAGCCAUAGAACUUGAUCUCCCGCUACCUGUCAGGUUACAAGAAAUCUAGACCACGUGCGUUUGAAUAGGUUAGAUGGUCAGAUUCCGCAUUUCCCGAGAUGAAUUCUCUCUACAGGAGUGUCUCGCAAACGAGACGCAUACACACUGACUGCGCGUUGCUUAAGGAGAUUCCGCGGAACUUGAAAAACAAGAAGCACAGUUCGCAGCUAUGGCUGACGAGGCAGAUGCGUGAUCCGUACGUGGAGAAGGCGAAGCAGGAAAACUACCGUUGCAGAAGCGCGUUCAAACUCCUGGAGAUCAACGAGAGGUUCAAGAUUUUCCGUCCGGGUCUAACAGUCAUCGAUUGCGGAGCGGCACCUGGCAGCUGGACACAGGUCGCUACUAAUCUAACCAACGCACAUGGCAAGAAGGAGGGCUCCAUUGGCAAGGUAUACGCCGUUGAUAAACUCCCAUUUUACCCCGUGGAAGGUGCGACCAUCCUAGGAAACAUGGACUUCACAACCGCCGAGACGCAGAAGGCGCUAAAGGAAUUGUUGGAAGGAAGUACGGCCGACGUUGUCCUUUCCGACAUGGCUCCAAACGCAUCCGGUGUGAGGGAGAUGGACCAUGAUAAUAUAAUGUUACUUGCGUACGCCGCACUGAGAUUCGCGUUGCAGAUCACCAAGGUGCAAGGUACGCUCAUUGUAAAAAUCUGGGAUGGCGGCAAAGCACCACAAUUUGAACAGGAUCUAUUAAAAUUUUAUGAUAGCGUUAAGGUAGUCAGACCUGAUGCAACGAGGGACGAGUCCACUGAGAACUUUCUUUUGGCUAGGGGGUUUAAGGGUCUUAAGACUAGCUGAUGUACUUAUCCAUAGAUAUGACAUUUUAAUUGUAGGAUGGGACGAUAUGCUGUGUGGGCAGGUUGUAUGAAUAAAAAAAAGCACAAUAAUUUCGUAUCAUACGGAUGUCAUGCGUAUUUUUUUUUUUUUAUAAUUCCUUUCACUCUGUUACCUAACAGGCGGUCUGCACGACACGACGAAUGUAAUAUACAUCGAUAUAUUUUGCUAUAAAUAAUACGGUAAGAUUUAAUGUAGUUACACGAUUAAUGCGCAUCGGGAUUGGGCUAUUGUUAACACUUAUUUAUUUAUAUUAUGCCUCUAUGCAUAUAUACAUUCCUCGAUAAUAAAAUUAAUAUGUACACGAAUCGACAUUCAAUAGUACGAGAGACAUUACACACCACAUUGAAACGCACGUAGAUCAGUAGACUUACUGGCCGCACAAUGUCAAGUAUCAUAAAAUCUUUCCGCUUCACCGUCGCGCGUUCGUAGCCGGAACACACGACGUAAGAAUAACAAAAGCCGAUUCGAAAUGUCUCGAUGCUGAUAACGGAGUAUCGAUAAUACUCGCUACGAUAAAAAAAAAA